CCCUCUCUCUCUCUCCUUCUCUCUCCUGUCUCUCCGUUUCUUACUCUUUCCAUUCUGAGUCCAGCCCUGCCCCUGAACACAUCACACAGCCGCUGCUCCUGGACUUUUUGGAAAUCUUCUGGAAAUUUAAAAAAAAAAAAAAAAAAAAUUCUCUAAAAAAAUACAUUUAAAAAAAAAAAUCAAAACGAGACAAUUUCACAUGGACUAUAUUUCCGUCAUCUUUUCUCACCAUUUCUGAAUCUGGAAUUUAACUUUUCCCGUCGGAUAUUGCGGGAUUUGGACGGGAUUUUUGCAGAAUGGAAGAAAUUUGGGGCCGAGCGAAGGAUUGAAAGUGGAUAUUUUGAUUACAUUUCUGAGGAACAGAUGAAGAGAUAGACAGAAGAGAGAGAGAAAGAGAAAUGGACAGAUCAGGUGGGGAUGUGUAAAUGGUCUAAAAGAGGAGCCGGAUACAUGUGCAGACAGGAUUAUUUCUCUUCAGUGAUGCUUCGGUCUCUCUGUGGAUUUGAUGUGAACUACAACAACAACUGGAGGAUUUAGCAACUCAUUUUUCCAACAUCAGUGGAUUACUUUUUACUCAUUUUCUCUUGGACUAAUCUAAAAACUGGACCCAGGACUUGGAUCCGGCACGUUUGGUCUUUUUUGUGGAUUUAAAAUGAUGACUGUGAUGAUGCUAAUGAGCUGCAGCGGGCUAAUGCUGACGUUAGCAUUAGCUGCAGCCUCGUCCUCCCGCUCCUCUUCCUCCUCCACGACUCCUUCAGCUCCCAGGAUGAAACUGUCUUAUAAAGAGCUGCAGCAGUUCCACGGUGUUCGGCGUUUCGACCUGGACAGAUCGUGCUGUUUCGGGGCGUUGCUUUUAGACGAGGAGAGAGGCCGGCUCUUCGUGGGUGCCAAGAACUUCCUGCUCUCACUGUCUCUGGACAACAUCGCCAAACAGGAACACAAGAUCUACUGGCCUGCUCCGGUGGACUGGAGGGAGGAGUGUAACUGGGCGGGAAAAGACAUCACUACUGACUGUGUGAACUACGUGAAGCUGCUGCACCAUUACAACCGCACUCACCUGUACGCCUGCGGGACCGGAGCCUUCCACCCCACCUGCGCCUUCGUGGAGAUCGGCAACAGGAUGGAGGAUCACGUGUUCCGCAUCGAUCCGUCUAAAGUGGAGGAUGGUAAAGGGAAGAGUCCGUAUGAUCCCAGACACCAGGCGGCCUCUGUGCUCGUGGGAGAUGAGCUGUACGCUGGAGUGGCCACAGACCUGAUGGGACGAGACUUCACCAUCUUCAGGAGUUUGGGCAAAAGACCUUCCAUAAGAACAGAGCAGCACGACUCACGAUGGCUCAACGAGCCCAAGUUCAUCGGUUCGUUCUGGGUUCCUGAGAGCGAGAAUCCAGACGACGAUAAAGUUUUCUUCUUCUUCCGAGAGACGGCGGUGGAGGCUCAGGGCAUCGGCAAGUCCUCGUACUCCCGCAUCGGACAGCUCUGUAGAAAUGACCUGGGAGGACAGAGGAGCCUGGUGAACAAAUGGACCACGUUUUUGAAAACUCGCCUGGUUUGUUCUGUGCCUGGUGCUGACGGCAGUGACACCUACUUCGAUGAACUCCGAGACGUCUUCCUGCUCCAGACCAGGGACAGGAAGAACCCUCUGGUCUACACUGUCUUCUCCACUUCCAGCAGUGUGUUCAAAGGCUCGGCCGUGUGUCUCUACUCCAUGAACGACAUCCGCAGAGCCUUCCUCGGGCCCUUCGCUCACAAAGAGGGACCCAACUACCAGUGGAUCCCCUUCCAAGGAAAAGUGCCCUACCCCCGACCAGGCAUGUGUCCCAGUAAGACAUUUGGCAGUUUCGAGUCGACCAAAGGAUUCCCAGACGAGGUGAUCCAGUUUGCCCGGCACCACCCGCUCAUGUACAACCCGGUCUACCCCCUGAACCGCAAACCCGUCUUUGUCCGGACCAACGUGGACUACAGCUUCACCCAGUUAGCCGUGGACCGGGUCAACGCCGCCGACGGACAGUAUGACGUCAUGUUCAUCGGGACAGACAAAGGGACAGUGUUGAAGGUGAUCAGUGUUCCCAAAGAGAGUUGGAACAACAUGGAGGAGCUGUUACUGGAGGAGCUGGAAGUUUUUAAGGACAACUCGGCAAUCAUCAACAUGCAGAUCUCCUCUAAACGGCAACAGCUGUACGUGGGCUCGGACACUGGGCUGGCUCAGGUGCCUCUCCAUCGCUGCAGUGUUUACGGAAAAGCCUGCGCCGAGUGCUGCCUCGCCCGGGACCCCUACUGCGCCUGGGACGGGACCUCCUGCACACGAUACUUACCCAAUACUAAGAGACGUUUCCGAAGACAGGAUGUGAGAAAUGGAGACCCCAACACGCUCUGCUCUGGAGACCACCAUAAGCACCGCGUCUCCGAGAGGAAGCUGUACGCUGUGGACGGCAGCAGCACCUUCCUGGAGUGUAUCCCCAAGUCUCUGCAGGCUCAGGUCACGUGGACGUAUCAGAGAACGCCCCAGAGCCAGAGAGAAGAGGUGCGUCUGGACGACCGAAUCCUUCAGACCGACCGCGGGCUGUUGAUCCGCCGGGUUUUAAAGCGCGACCUGGGCCUGUACCAGUGCCACGCCAUGGAGCACGGCUUCACCCAGACCCUGCUCGGAAUCACCCUCGAGGUCGUCCCCACCGCCGCGCCGCAGGACCCCCCCUCCAAACUGGACCCCCGCUCCCCUAACCCCGCCCACUCGCACCCCUCCACCAAUCAGAAGCUGUGGUACCGCGACUUCAUGCAGCUCGUGGACCACCCCAACCUCAGCACCGUCGACCAGAUCUGCGAACAGGUGUGGGCGCGCAAACAGGCCACUAACCAGCACACGACGGAGAAAGGCACCGUGGGAAACGUAGGCAAAGACCACUCGGCCGCGCAGCCAGCGGGGGGAGCUCCGGGGCAGGUCACGGUGAACAGGCCCAAUAAUAAGAAGUGGAAGCAUCUGCAGGAGAUUCGGAAAGGCAGGAACAGGAGAACGCACGAGGGGAAAUCGAACCCGCGCACGCCUCGCUCGGCCGGGGAAUGAAGAUGAGAGAAAUGGGGGAGGGAGAGAGAGACUAAAGACAGGAGCAGAGACUGAGACAGAACUCAAGAGUGAAACUGUGGAGGAGAGGGAGGAGCUGGACACAACGUGACCACUGUCGGAACAAAGCUUCA